UCUAGGCAGGACACCAUGGCAUGACAGUAUCCUUCUUUCAAAUAAUAGGCCUUCAACUAAAAAAUGUAUUGGAGUACAUGUACACAUUGUGUAUUUUUAGCAGCAUCGUGUAUUGGUAUGAAAGAAAUUCAAUGAUAUGCAACACUGGAUGGAUGUCCAGAAGACGGACAUUACCACCUCUUUGUAAUUCGCAAAACGCAAGUCGCUGAUUUGAUUGGCUGUCCCGUGUGCCACAGGAAGAGGCUUACUAAGAGAGGUGUUCAUUGAUUGGUUCGUUCUGUCUUUGUAUGCCAGGCAGCUGAGCAGCCUGUCCGUUUGAAUGUGCAGGGAUUGGAAGGGACCAUUUCCAUGGACCAUCUGUCUCACAGGCUAGCGAUACAACAAAGGACCCAGGAUGGUGUUAGUACAUGUCGGAUAUUUGGUUCUUCCCGUAUUUGGCUCUGUAAGAAAUAGAGUAUCGAGGCUGGCGCUACAUUCCGCAUUUCUCAGACCUUUGUCCCCUUCCAUUGUGUUGCUAACGAUCAUCUGCUGCUGUCUGCCGUAGCCUCUGCCUGUUCUCUGCAUCUAGCUGUAUUGUGAACCCCUUCUUCCUCAUUUCCUAUUUCCAUCUGAAGACGACAUUGGCAUUAAAACCCGAGUUCUCCCACUCAUACCAUGCAUAAUUCUCUCUUGCUUCAAUAUGGAGUGACACCUAGCUGUUCAGGAGCACACUUCACCAGGCAUCAGCACAGCCAUGCUACCUCCUGCCGACAUUUUAACCUGGCGGCCCCCCAGGCUCCCAUCUCAGCAGAGUUCCCCCUGGGUCAUGCCAGCCAACCCCCCCAGACUGGCCUGGCCCCUCACCUGUCCCCAGCCCCCCACCAACCUCCGGCCCUGCCUGCCCCCCCUCAGUUCCAGGACGUCCAGGGGCCUCCGUUUCUACCUCAGGCCUUACACCAGCAAUACCUCAUCCAGCAGCAGCUUCUAGAGGCGCAGCACCGCAGGAUCCUCCCACACUCCCGGCGAACACAGGAGCGCGUUCCUCUGAACCCUCACAGGCUUCGCUCGGGGUAUGACUACACCCCUCCCCUCCACGUCCCCCCGCCAAUCAGUCAGCAGCCGCGCUACCUGGCCGAGGGCACAGACUGGGACCUCAGUGUGGACGCUGGCCUCUCUCACCAUCAGUACCAGCUCCAGCAGCUUCCACAGCACUAUCAGCAUUACCUGGCGGCAUCCCCCAGAAUGCACCACUUUCCCAGGAACACGACUUCUACUCAAGUGGUUGUACACGAGAUCAGAAACUAUCCAUACCCCCAGCUACACCUGCUGGCUCUACAGAGCCUCAACCCCUCACGCCACGCUUCGGCUGUACGAGAGAGCUAUGAGGAGCUGUUGCAGCUUGAAGACAGGCUGGGAAGUGUCAGUAGAGGAGCAGUUCAGACCACCAUAGAGAGAUUCACCUUCCCACACAAAUACAAGAAGAGGAAGCCUCUGGAUAUGAAGAUUGGUGAGAAAGACGAGGAGACUGACGUGGAUGAGAAAUGUACCAUCUGCCUGUCGAUGCUGGAGGACGCAGAGGAUGUCAGGCGGUUACCCUGCAUGCACCUCUUCCACCAGGGCUGUGUGGACCAGUGGCUGGCGACCAGCAGAAAGUGUCCAAUCUGCCGCGUGGACAUCGAGACGCAGCUCCAUCCUGACAGCUGAUGGCCCGGGGGUGAAGCCUGACGGCCUGGCUGCUGUCAAUCACCCUGGUGUGUUUCCUGCUCCCAUCCACCCAGGCCCUGGUCCCUCCUCACACGGGUGCUUGCCAAAUGUCUCCAGACGUCAUGUGACAUCACCCUCUGACUCACGCUUUACUGAGCCAAUCCAGGAUUACUUACUGCACGAGAGAAUGGAGUCUCUCUCUCUUUCUCUCUCUCAAUAAAAGCACAUCCCCGGCAAAAAGACACACACACACACACACACACACACACACACACACACACACACACACACACACACACACACACACACACACACACACACACACACACACACACACACACACACACACAGGGUUUACUAGUUGCUUGUUGGAGGUGGGGUGUUGUUGCCGUCGUGUUGUUGUAGGUAGGGGAGGCAGGUGUGUGUCCUGUUUCCUGUGUCUUUGUAGCAUGUUCUUAAAGCCAUGACAUUAAUGUACUGAGUGAAAAACACACUACCCCACUUGCCAGCUGGCCCCACACACACACACACACACACCUUGCUUAUUCUGCCACAACAGGAAUCUAAAUCAAUCACGUAAAAGCCCUGUCGCCAUGUUUGCCUACAGAUCAUUUGUGGUAGUACAGUAGCAGUAUCAGACACAGCAAUACAGUAGUUGUACAUUUGCUUGGGACUGAUGCUGUCAUCAGUGUUGGGACAUAAUACGACUAUUUCACCGCUGCCAUGUCAGCCUGCCCCAAUGCAUGGGUUGGCGUGUGUUUGAGUAAAUACACAGGUUAGUGAGUGUUUCACCAAAAUAAUUAUGGUAUCGCUUGACCUGCUGCAGCACGGGUUAAUGUGUGUGUUCUGCCCCAGUGUGUGGGUUUCAGUGUGUAUUUAACCAAUGCGUGAUCAUGCGUGACAAACUUAAAGUGCGGGUCCAAGUGUGUAUCAAGGGUUAAAGGGGAAUAUAGAAGUUAGAUUAACGGUGGUUUGAUUGGAGUGCUUGUAGAAUACAAAGCCAAAUAAGGACUUUAAAAAAUGCAAAAAAGAAAUGUAUUAAGACCCAAUCCCCCAUCAUGCACUGCAGUGACUGGGUGAGGUGUGGGGCAUUCUGGGUAUGCAGGAGGGUUAGCUGCCCUGGAAACAGCGACUCUGUGCCAUCCCCUCCUGGCGCAGGCGUUAUGGCUGAGCAGUGUAGUGAAAUGCAUGUUUCAAUGUUGGCUUGGGCUGUUGUGUUAGCGUACAAAAAAAAUAUAAGGGGAGGGUAGGGGGUUGUCUGUGCAUGACUUAGUUAAUCUGAGCUGUGACUAUCUUUCUCAACACUAACAAAGAAAAAAGAACUGAGCACCAUGUCAGUGGCUGUCCCUGGCCUGUAGCGUGUGUUCAUCCUGCCCCUUUUUGGUGGCAAACAAAAUGGAAUCCUAUUGUGACGUUUACCUUAUUGCCUAAAGAACAAGCACAUGUGAUGAUAGAUAUAGCAACAACCUCUUUCUUUGGUAUUGCAUUUGCGUUGGUUUCUGUAUAUUUAGGUAUAUAAACACGCAAUGUUUUGGACCGAGUGAGGAGCUUAGUUGUUGAACUUGUGUUUUUGUGUGACAGAUCUCCCCUCGUUGUUGCUAUGCUGGUUUCUAUGCUGUAUUGCUAGAACAACAAUGUAGAAUGUUGUGUGAUGGGGGCAGUAUCCACAGUGCACACGGACGGACGGACGGACGGGGGGGCAAAAUAAGGGUCAUAGAACACUUUUUUUAUUGUAAAAAAAUAUAAAAAAUGAAGGAUUUAAAUGUUGAUAUUUUAUGUUUUCCUUUUGAUCUGUUGCCCUGUGACGUUUAACAAUGUGCAUAAACAGUACAUAGCAGUCCCAAUCCUUAAGAACCUAUCUGUCAUAUGCAUUGUGGACUGAGUAUUUAAGCAUUAGGAAAAAUUGAAUUGCCCUGUGGACUUAGUUGUGAAGGAUUGGGACAGACCCUUACUGACCUGUGCACUGCCAGUGUUGAUACUGCCUCCUCCUUUAGUGGAGUUUUCUAUGGGAUGUUUUGAUAGUUUACACAGGGUGUUGUCAGUUGAGAUGCCUUAAGUAUUUAACAAUCAUAAUUUAUUACUAACUGUAGAUAUCAUGGGUACAUAUUUAAUUUGAUAUAGUUUGUUUUGUUGCAAUUUAAUCAAUUUAUUUAGAAAUAACAAAAAAUGAUUUACCUCAUUUUUGCGUUGUUUUAAAUGGGAAUGCUCCGCAUGCAGUUGUAUUUUUCCUGAAGAAAUUAAACAAAAAAGCCCUGCUGUUUGAUCUCUCCCCGAGCCGGCUGUGCUAUGUUUACUGUCCCGAGCUGAGCUGUCUGGCCUGCUCUUCUCAUGUGGUGCUGUGGAUAUCUUGGUUACAUUCCAUUCAAUGCAAUUUUCCCUUAUCCCCUAUGCUGUGACGUAGUGGACAAACUGCAAUGAAAUGAAAUGGUUUUUAGUUGAAUUGUUUUCCUGUUUCUCAUUUUGCACUCUUAGUUUUAACAUGGGAACCCUCUCACUGGCAUAACAGUUUACGAACAUAGAUGUAUUAUCAUCAUUAUUAUAUACUCUGUCAUUUGCAGCUCUCUGUGUCUCAUCCUUCUAUCCAUUCUGUCUGUUACGAAGCAUGUUCCUUCUCAUCUUUGUCAUGGGAUAUUUCUCCUUACCUCUUUUCCAGAAAAACAUGUAGUUUUGAGUCCAACAAGUGCCUCGCUUCUAGUGUCAAGAGAUAUUACCUUAUGAUUUAAACCGCACUCAUUUACCCAAAAUCCAUGUCCAAAUAGUGUAUAAUGUUGUCUUUCCUCCCUUAUUCCCUCCUUUCUCUUUUUAAGGUCACCACUGACCAACCUGCAAGGUAAAAUAAAUAUGUCAGCCCCCAUAAGUGAAGUGUGGGAUCAUCCGGUGGUGUGGUUGGCAUAUUAAUGCUUUCACUAACCAAAUAUAUCUGUGAUUACCUUAUGAGAGAAAUGAAAGCAGCUAUUUCGGAGUAUUUGGACAUAACCAGUUGUUCUCCUUUUUUUAGUUAAACUCUAAAUCGUACCUAAUCAGACCAUUCCUUUAAAAUAACUUUGUUUUAUAAAAAAUUUAUGAAAUAUUUGACCAAAACCUUUCUACAAAGAGGCAUGUUUCACUGUGUUCAUUGACGCUACACUAAUUAUUCCCAUCUUUCACUUUCCCUUUAUUUUUUCAUGACCGUCCAUCCUUCCCGUCACUCAGAACCCAUCCAAUGUUUCCCUUCACAAUCCUCUCUCAAGGGAAAACAAGAACAGAGGAUCUCUUAAAGCACAAACUAACUAAAAAUGCAUGUAUUUCUCAGGUUUGGAUAUAUAUAUAUAUUCUCGAUGGUAUAUAAGUAUAUGGUGAAAAUAUUUGCAGAUUACACUAAGAAUAAUACAAAUAAUUCAUUUUGCUGCUGCUUGCAUCUGACAAACAAAAACUGAAGGAAAGAGAAAAUAUCCCAAAAAGUGCCAGUGAAAGGGCAACCGCCACCUUUGUAUGAGAUAUCUGCUGUUUUAGCUGUGACUGCGCAAUGUUUUUCAAUAUAGGAUAUUUUAUCGGAGAGUAGAACUAUUUAUCAUUAAUAUUAAAGCAAUAGCUCAUUAAUGAUGAGUGUGUUGAUGAAGAACUGGAUGAGCGUAUUGUGUAAAAUGUUAGAUUCACAUUUGGUGGAAUUUUGUACUUUAUUUAUUACUACUAAUAAUGAUUUUAAAAGUUGCAUCGCUAAACCCAAACUGUUCUCUUUUUUUUCAAUUUUAUUUCAAGGCUUGUAUAUUAUCCUUUUUGUAUGUGCUCUUUUUGUAAUAAAUUGGAUAAAAUGGAAGGUG